AUGAAUCUCCUCCCCCAGUUCGUUCAAUUACAUCAUGGAUGAAGUAUCUGGCAGAGCACGUCUCUGCUAAAACUGGGUGGAUGCUUGCAAAGUUGUGUGGAGGACAUGUAAGAUUCAAAUCGAUUCACAAUCUUGUUUAUAUUCUCCGCUUUUGGUUGCAUUUUUGCCAAAAGAGCUGCUUAACCUUGUGUUGAAACUGCGAUCUCAUUUCUCUGGCACAGCUGCAUCAUGCAUCAGCUACCGCUGGCUGUUUGCCUGCUGUCUCUGUUCUCUGCGUUGACUGUAGACUCAUCCAAGAAGGGACGGAACUUCACCAUCCAUUCAUCACAGCUUAGCUGCAGUUUGCCAGGCCCUCAGGGUCCUCCAGGGAGUCCAGGUGCAGCAGGUCUGAGUGGUAACGCAGGCAAAAUGGGGAUGCCAGGUAUUGAUGGCCAGGAUGGGAAGGAUGGUGACAAGGGACAGAAGGGAGAGAAAGGGGAACAGGGCCGUCCUGGGAACCCUGGAAAACAUGGACCACAAGGACGUCCAGGGAUUGUUGGGAAGGCAGGACCAAGGGGCCUUAAGGGGGUGCGAGGGGCACGUGGUGUGUCUGGAGUCGCUGGGAUAAAAGGAGAGAUGGGUGAUGUGGGGGAAACCGGUGCUCCUGGUGGCUGUGAUUGUGGAGCAGAGGCACGAUCUGCUUUCUCAGUAGCAGUAACCAAGAGCUAUCCCAAGGAACACACACCCAUUCGCUUUAACAGGAUUUUAAUGAAUGAGGGUGGUCAUUACAAUGCCACCAGUGGCAAGUUUAACUGUGUGAUUCCUGGUGUGUAUUACUUCACAUAUGACAUCACGUUGGCUAAUAAACAUCUGGCGAUCGGACUUGUCCACAAUCGCCAGUACAAGAUCAAAACCUUUGAUGCCAACACAGGAAACUAUGACGUGGCCUCAGGAUCAACAAUACUUAGAUUGCAGAAAGGAGAUCAGGUCUGGCUUCAGAUCUUUUAUUCAGAACAAAAUGGACUCUUCUUUGAUCCAUUCUGGACUGACAGCCUUUUCACAGGUUUUCUCAUUUUUGCCGAUCAGGCUGCUCCAAAAGAGGCAAAUAUGAUGACUAAUUCUGGAUCAUCCUGAUUAAACUUCACAUUUCUUAUAUAUUCAUUUUAUCAUAUGGCCCCAAUAUGACCAGUUCUGGAGCAUCCUGAUUGAACUUUCUAUUUGUUUCAUCUUUUAUCAUAUAGCCCCAAUAACCCUUUACAUAUCCACCACAUCAGUAUUAGAGCAAAACAAGACAUGGGACGUGUGGAAGGAAUACCAGACUUAUAAAAAAUAAAUCGUUAUUGAUUAAGUGUAAAAAAAAGAAAGAAAAAAAAAAAGAGUUGUCAAGACCCUAAUUAUUCCUUAUAUUAUGAAAAACUAUUUUCUUACUACAAGUAUUCUGCAACUUUGACCUAGGUCUUAGGCCCCUAAAAGUGAAAAAAAAAACCUUGUACCCCAAGGGACUUUUAGCCACAUGUAUACUAUGAUGUUAGAUACACACGACCUUUGAUCUUUACAAGACUGAUCUGUUAAUAAUUUCUAUUGUUUAUUUACUAUUCACAUCAUCUGAUCUUGUAUUCUACUAUAGUUCAGCGGUUCAGUAGACCUUGUCACUGGAGAUUUGUGUAACCCUUCUUUUGAAGUAUAAUUUUGUCCAAAAAUAGCAGCCAGCCAUGCUGCUGCAAUAAUCUGAUCAUUACAGGUUCAUGGGCAAAACCACUAUGUACCCAAACAGUGUAGCAGUUGUUGAGCCUGUGAUCACUCUCGUGAUCAGUAAAGGUUAAGUAAUGAUA